UCUCCCGGUCCACGGCGUCCGCACGGCCCACGCUGGCGGCCGCUUUGCGACGCUUGAAGUCUCCGUUCCUCUGGUUCCUCAUAUUCCAAUUCUAUCCUUUUUCGCCGUUCCUUUCCGGUUGCUUCUUUUGGGUGACUGAGUCGUUUUAGUUUUAGCUCUGAUCAAAUCUUUUUCCAUCUUCCAAAAUGAGGAUCUACAAGGACAUUUUCACAGGAGACGAGAUGUUCUCCGACACCUACAAAAUGAAGCUGGUGGAUGACGUUAUCUACGAAGUAUACGGCAGGCUGGUCCAACGUAAAGCUGGAGAAAUCGAGAUUGCCGGAUUCAACCCAUCUGCUGAGGAGGCUGACGAAGGAACUGAUGAGGCAGUCGAAUCUGGUGUUGACGUAGUUUUGAACCACAGGUUGCAAGAAACGUAUGCCUUUGGUGACAAGAAGUCGUAUACCUUGUAUCUUAAGGAUUACAUGAAGAAACUUGUAGCCAAGUUAGAAGAGAAAGCUCCCGACCAGGUUGAGGUUUUCAAGACCAACAUGAACAAAGUUAUGAAGGACAUCUUGGGCAGAUUUAAGGAACUUCAGUUUUUCACUGGAGAAUCCAUGGACAUCGACGGACUUGUAGCCCUUAUGGAAUACCGUGACAUUGAUGGCCAAUCUGUACCAGUGCUCAUGUUCUUCAAACAUGGAUUGGAAGAGGAGAAAUUCUAAUGUAUCUUGAUUGUGCAACGAUUUAUCGAAAACUUUAUAACAAGAAUCAAGACUGCUAACUGACUGCGAGGAACCAUGAAAUUCUGUUCAAGAUCUUAAGUGAGCGUUACUUCCAGGAUUAUACAAUAAUUUAUUUUUUAAUGUUAUCAAUAUUUUUAUGAAAGUCGAUGGUAUUGUAAAUAAUGUUGAUGCACAAGUAGAAUGUGAAAAUCAAUGUCCAGCUUUUUAUGAAAAUUGUGCUCUACAGUUGUGUAAUAACUAAAGGCUCAAACAAUUUGUCACUCAAUAUUAAACAAUGAGAAAAGGAAGAUGGGACAAGAAUAAAUGAUCAAGACAAAUCUGCCAUGCUGUCAAUAGCUAUGGAAAUAAAAAUAAUAACUACUUA